AGAAUCGCUUUAGAGAUUCCAAGGUUGCGGCGCCAACUGCAGUGCUUAAUGCUAACUUACUAUGGGUGAAUUUAUCCGCAACGUUUCCAUGUAAGCCUAAUCAUCGCCCAGUGUAGUAGCGAUCAUCUGUGCGUUCAUAUUAUGCUGUCAGUUUUGUACAAACGUGAUAAUUGAGCAGCUAUAACAAAUAAGAUGGCAAGACUAUAAUUUGCGGACUAAUCAAUCAGGUAUGAGAUAAUAGAUCUCGGAUUUUAACGCGAAGGCCUUUCAUCCAUUUGGCUAAAUAAAUUUCUGCCAUUAUAGCUGUUGUCAGUUCGUAAUGAAAACCCAUAUAUAAUUCUUAACUAAGGCAAGUUACGACAAUCAUUGCGAACUGGAUAAUAAAAGCACCCAUAACACUGGCUGCAGCCAGAUACUAUAAUAUAUACGGAUGUUUGGAGAGCGUACAGACUCACACGUAGGCUUGGUCAUGUGCAUUGUGUCGUUAUGCACAAGUAGCAUUUCGUCCACUCAACAACAGGAGUUCACAUAAACAAUACUAAAGCUAUAUGGUCGAGGCUAAGAGAGUAUUUAAGACUUUAUCAUGACUCCAGAGGCCGACUAUUCUGUAGCCGUAUGGAUGAUUUCCUCUGCUGCAUACAUUACGAUUUUAGAACUUCUGAACUUUUUCCUAACUUCGACAAGUUUUUGAACCACGUAUAAGAAGUGCAUCCACUUUAUUUCCUUGGUUUUGUAUAACGUUUUUACUCUAUAGUGACUGCUUGCUGAUCGGCUAAUAUUUCUCAAGGUCACUUAAGAUUCGUUCGAAGACCGUCCAUAAAUUAGAGUCUCGCUGAAUAUCCUUUUGUUAAUCCAACUCAAGUGUUUUGGGUAACCGAUGUAAAGAUACAACCAACUUAACAUAGUCAUAUGCCCACUAAAAUUGCGUCAUCACUUCAAAAAAUGUUUCAACUCUUGCCUCGCGUUGUAAAUAGCAAGAUUAAGAUCAGCUGUAACAAUAAUUAUAAGUCUAUAGGCCGGUGAGCUUCUGUAAAAACCCGUCCUGUUUCUGUUCCGUAUAUCAGGACAACUAAGCUUUCCAGGAUGGGAAAUAACAGUAAGGGGUAAAAAGGUUGGAUAUCGAAAGUCAACUCGUUCAUGGGGAUGAAACCCCAAGGACCCGUCACUACCCAUUACGGUAAAACGCAGAAGUCCCCAAUUAUAGGCCGUUAAGUCCUGCCUAGCAAAAAUACUUCCGGCACGUUUGAGAAGACAGCAACGAAAUUCACUCUGAUAAUCGAAAGAAGAGUGGCAAGAUUGGGGAACCUUGUCCGAUCCCGCUGAUUUAGUGUCGCAAUAGAGAGGUGUUUGUGUGCCCGCACUCUCCCUGAAAUGUUUGUAUGUAAGGUUGUCUAGACGGUAAUAAACUUGUCAGGCACACCACUAAACAGACAAUCCCGGGAAAUAGUCCUGUCCAACAAAUCCUCUAUAAGUCACCUUACUUCGAUUCAUCAAUUGUUCUACGGGCCUCUGUAUUAUAGCUAAGUUGGUGUAAUUAAAGCUUUUUUCCGCUGUCUAAGGUCAUCAUCCUUUGGAUUUUAGUUUGUGCUAUAGAAAGUCUAAAAACACCUUUCUAUGUUAUAGCAUUAUGCAACGGAGAUUUCGAGUCAUUUUUUGCUACUCAUGACUUUCUUAUAGCGUCCAGGAUUUCUACGAAUCAUAACUUAUAGUUAUAUUCACGCAUGUUCUCACUGUAAUCCAUCUUAAAGCUAAUUUGGAGGAAAUAAAAAGAGAAAUUGCAAUGUUAUCAUUUUGUGGCUGGUUACAUUUUAUUCUUUUAAAUUUUACAACUCGUUUCUUAAUACUCUGUCGAUUUCAUAUUCCCAGUAAAUAUCUAACAAUGUAGUUAGAUGCUUUCCAAUCGUUUCUUAAGAAAACCAUUACUAUAUUGCGUAAGGUGACUGUCUUCUUCUGUAUUUUCUAUACAUAAUUGCCUUAUCUCACUGGACAUGGUUGCCAACUCAUUUAGAUAAUGAUGGGUUUCAGCGCAUUUGAACGCACAUCUUGCUAUCCAGAUCGAAAGUGAAGUUCAUGGAGGAGGAAUUUUCUGCAACUAUCAAGGAAUAUCAAACCGUUUUAGAGUCAGUGGAUAAAAAGCUUACAUCAGUCAUUACUAACGAUCGAUUUCUUAAUGACCUUAUUCCGAAGUCCAAUCACGAAGGUGAAUUCGUAAACCUGCCAAUAAACAGAGAAGUGAUGAAUGCUAUAGAAAUUCACUUUGGGCGAGCUGUGCGUCUAACGUUGUUGAGAGGAGAUGGUGUAAGACUACCUAUGGUAGUUCCUGUUGAUGCUCGUGUUUUGGAAUUGCGAUGGGCAGUACAAGAUGCAGUUACUUCGUACAUGAACCAUCUCCAUAGUGCAUCAAAUUUACCAAAAGAUAACUGUAAAGAAGAUUCCGCCCACUGUAUUCCGUCCAGCAAUAUUCCUUCGAAGUCGAUUAGCUGGCGUAAUUUGUGGAAAACGAAAUGUCUAGCUCUAGUGAACCCACAUAGUUUGUGUUCAUCAGAAGGUCUUCCGUCUAUCAGUGCUAGACUAGAUGUAUUAACUAAUAAGUUAUCAUAUUAUCAAAUUCGUAAUGGUGCAGUGAUCACUUUUGCUCCUCAGCUUAAGCGAAAAUGAACAUUAAUGUGUUUUUACUACUUCACUAAACUAUAUUUAAGUUUUCCUCUUUUGCGAUCUCAUUGCUUUUACUUACCAAAUAAAGUAGUCAUAAGUU